AUGGACAACACGGCCCCUCGCAAGUCGCCCGUGCGCAAGCCGCCACCUCCGCAUCUUUCUGAGUUCUACUCAUUUGUCAACGGCUCGUCUCCUGAGUCCCAGCCGCAAUUGGAGACCUCCACGCUCCAGAGCGGCUCUAAAGACCCAUUCCAGGAGGACUCGCUCUACGACAUUGCCGGGCUCUCAUUGGGUGAAGUCCAGCGCAAACUUCGCGCGGACUCGUCGCGAACAGAGUCCUUGCUCUCUUUGCAGCCCUCCAUGACUCCAUCGACGCUGGAUCUGGAGACCCUAAUUACCAAAAAGGACGUCAACGACACCAUCGCUAGCUGCCGCGACCUUGUUCGCACAGCAGCCGCAUAUAGAGAGGCGUUGAAUGCUCUGAGCACCGCUGCCAGCGAAUUUGGGCGCUCGUUGGAAGACUGUGCGCGUUGCAAGGGAGCAGGAAGCGCUUCUGAGGGACUGAUGACAGCCAGCGGAUUUCACCACCAGAUAGCAAACCAUCAGCAGAUACUGGCACAUAGCCUUUCUGAUGGCUUCGAAAGACCCAUUCUCAACAUAAUAUCCGAUUUUGAGCGCUCGUACAAGGCCAACGACGCCAUUUUCAAGAAAGAAAUCAGAGAGAAGGUGCUGCAACUUAGACAGAAGGAAGCUACCAACAACAAGCUGAGCCGCAAGAAGACGCGAAAUAUCAUUGCAUACAAGUCGAAUCUGCUGCAAUUGGCGUCGCAGUUGGACGAGAUCGACCGCGCCAAACACGACUACUAUGUGUCGUCCUACGACCAGACACAGGCCACCUUCACCAGCAUUCUCGCGAAAACCAGCUCUGUGAUCGCCAUGGAAACGCAGAUGUACGAGAGCAUCGCCAACAAGGCCCACUCAGGCGGCGGCCUCGACAAGUUGCUGGCACAAGAACCGUCGCCGACACCAGAAAACGAUACGAACUCCGAGACCCGCACGCUGGAGGCCUCGCGGCCGUCCUCUGUGACUGCGCAGUCGACGCGCUCUGACCACUCUGACCACUCUGACCACUCUAACCAUUCCGAGCCCGCGGACUCUCAGGACGAGGCCGACGAGGCCAACAAAACAACCGACUCGUUCUUCUCGCCGCCUGUGGUCACCUCGCGAGACGAGGCCUCGGCAGAGGCUCCCGAGCAGCAGCAGCCAGACCACACCUCCACGUUCUCUUUACCCACCGCCACGUCUCCUGCCGUUCCUCUUGCUCCAACAGUCACGCAUGCAGACAGUGUAAGUGUACAAUAUAUGUAA